CAUCUACCCUCUCACAAUUACGACAAUAAAGCAAAUUAUCCAGUUUCCAACUUUCACUGUUUCCCUACUCUGCAUUCUGCGCCAACAACAACAAAACGAAGAUCCGUUUUGUUCAUUAUAAAUGAAAAAUCGUUUCUCACCGAAUACGUGCGCACACGAAAUGUCGACGCAGAAUCGUCGCUCGUCGUUUUCUUCCUCAACGGCGUCGUCUUUGGCCAAACGACAUUCCUCCGUCGUGCCGUCGGGGAAGGCUGCGAAGAGAGCGCCGCUCGCCAACAUCACAAACCAGAGGAAUGCGCCUUCCUCAUCUUCGGUGUCAAGUUCAAUUAAAACUGCCAAGACCAAGAAAGAAGAUCCCGCAAGAAGCAGUAGCAUCACAAGAUCAACAGCUUGUGGGAACAAAAUACGUGAGUUAAAGACUAUUAACUCAGCCACAACUAUCAUUCCAAAGGCUAAUUCCUUACCACAAAGGAAGGAUGCUGCUCCUGCAGUUGCCAGAGUCUCUAUGCCGGUUAGGAGCAGCAUUGAUGUUUCUCCUGGUAAAUCAGAUGCGAGGUCCGUUUCUAUGGAUGAAACGUUGUCUUCUAAUUCUAUCAAGAGUCCUGAUGAAGUUGAAUAUCUGGACAACAGGGAUGUCUCAGCUGUUGAUUCAAUUCAGAGAAAGACAAGCAAUUUGAGCGUUUGUGGUACCACCAAGCCAGAAGGUAACAUAUAUAGUGGGGAAAUAGUUGUUGAUUUGAAAAGAGAGGACAAGGUUGUCAAUAUUGAUAACAUUUGCUCGGAUCCGCAGCUUUGUGCAACCUAUGCUUGUGAUAUCUACAAGCACCUACGUGAAUCUGAGGAAAAUAAAAGGCCUUCCACAGACUUCAUGGAGAGAAUUCAGAAUGACAUAAAUGUUAGCAUGCGUGCAAUAUUGAUUGACUGGCUUGUUGAGGUGGCUGAGGAGUAUCGCCUUGUACCUGAUACAUUGUAUUUGACGGUGAACUACGUUGAUCGGUAUCUUUCAGGGAAUGCCAUGAAUAGAAAAAGAUUACAAUUACUUGGUGUUUCCUGCAUGAUGAUUGCCUCUAAAUACGAGGAGAUUUGUGCACCACAGGUAGAGGAAUUUUGUUAUAUAACUGAUAAUACGUACAUAAAAGAAGAGCUUUUACGAAUGGAAUCUGCUGUUUUGAAUUAUCUUAAGUUCGAAAUGACAGCCCCAACAGUUAAAUGUUUCUUAAGACGAUUUGUUCGUGCAGCAGCUCAUGAUGUCAAAGAGCUACCUUCACUUCAACUGGAGUGCCUAACCAACUUUAUUGCCGAAUUGUCUCUCUUGGAGUACAGCAUGCUGUGUUAUCCUCCAUCACUGAUAGCUGCUUCAGCAACUUUCCUUGGCAGAUUUAUACUUUUCCCUUCAAAGAAACCAUGGAAUUCCAUAUUGCAGCAUUACACACAAUACCGGCCUUCUGAUUUGUGUGCUUGUGUGAAUGAUCUCCAUCGCCUUUGUUGCAGUACCGAUACUUCUAAUUUACAUGCCAUCCGAGAGAAAUACAGUCAGCACAAGUACAAAUAUGUGGCCAAGAAGUGCGUCCCUGUUUCAAUUCCGCAAGAAGUUUUCCAGAAUUGAGCAAAGAAUUGAUGUUGACAAUCCAAUUAUGGCACAGGCCAAGUUUUGACAAAGAUUCAGUCUCAAUGAUGCAAGGACAAUUUCCUGUUAAAAGGCAUAGUUCUAAUUUGGAAGACAUAUCUCGUCAUAUGACAAAGAUAAAACGUGUGAUCUAAACAUCUUGGAGAUGUGCUGGUGAAGCUAGUGACAUAUACAUGACAUUAGAAAUUUCAUGUGACAACUUCCCUCCUCCUCGUACACAAAGCACAUAAAUGGUACUCAUAGGAAUUCCCUCGAGUAUUCAUUCUAGAAUUUCGUGUGACAAAUUCCCUCUAUUCUUAGUGUGUACAUUUCAGGUAUUUUUUCA